AUGGUAUUAAAAUCCGCUGCAUUCGCCUUUUGGGCGUUGAGUACGCUGGCCUGCCUCGCGUCCCCGGGUGCCGCCGCCGACCAGGCCUUCUCCUGGGGCAUCUCGGACGAGACCGUCCGUUUUGCGGGGCACGACUGGUUCGUGAAGGACUCCACUUCCGUCCCUCUUCAGCCCGGGCCGUGCUUCUGGAGCCCCACGAACGUGCGGAGCGACGCCACAGGCUUGCACCUGAGCGUGGACAAGGUUUCCUCGGGCGCCUGGAUGUCGAGCGAGGUCAUGAUCGACACGAGCUUCGGCUAUGGCAGGUACGAGAUAGAGGUCGACAAUCCGCUGGCUUCGCACGACGCAAACAUCAUCUUCGCGGCCUUUAUCUGGGAUGAGACGAACGGCGCUCAGUACAACGGCGAGAUCGACAUAAUCGAGGCGUCUCGCUUCGGCGACCCGUACAAUCCGUUCAACGCGCAACAAGUCAUCGCGCCUUGGAACUUAGAAGGCCGCAUCAACAGGUUUGCCAUUCCGGACGGCACGCCCAACGCCAUCCUCGCGGUGGAUUGGACCUCCUCCGACAUCGUCUUCCGCAACUUCGGGGAGGGGCCGAGAAACGGCGAGCCCGUCACUUUCGACGUGACCUCCUUCUCCUUCUCCCCGUCCAUCGGGUCCUCCGUGGUAGUAUUGCCCACGAACGCCACCUCUCCCGUUCCCGCCCCCUCCGAAGGCCCGCUCAAUGCGUCCGUCGCUCCUUCGAAUGCGCCCGUCGCGCUUUUGAAUGCAUCCGCCCCUUCGAUUGUGCCGGCCCCCGUAGACUCCACGAGUGCACCGACCGCGGUCCCCACGGCGCCCCCGUCUGCCGUCGUGCCAACCACCCCGACGAGGACUCCCACGCCCAUCGUGCUUGCCAACAGCCCGCUCCCGUCGAUCAUCCCGAGCCUGACGACCCUCGUGGGCUCGGCAGCGGGCAUGUCCGAAGCAUUCACAUCGGCGGGCAUCGUCUCCUCAUUGCUGGUGUUGCUGUGGUGA